CUUGAUUAAAAUUUCUUCAUAAUCGAUUUGGGGGUCGAAAAUAUCGAAAAUAUCUUGCAGCAAUUUCAAGAGAAAGGAGGAAGCAUUUAAAUGGAUUAUUUUAUCAAAAUGAGUAAAACCUAUUACGGGGGAAUAAUGAUAUAAUUGUCUCAAUACUUGUCGACGAUACUCAGUCUUACAGUGUCCAGUCAUAAUGGAUACAUCAUACAGACUUGUCGCAUUUAUUUUAUUUUUUACGAUUGAAUCGACAGUACCGGCUUCGGUAGAGUUUUCAAAUCAAUCGCCAAUUGUUGUAGCUGAAUUACCGGAACAACCUGACAGUCACAAUGUUCCACAGGCCAGUGAAUACAGACCGAGAAGAAUUAAUUACCAGGAUAUGAAUGUUAAUUAUCAUCAGCCUCAAGUUAAUUAUCAACAAGCACAACCGGUUAAAUAUUCAAAAAAACAACCACAAGUUUUGUACUACACUCAACCCUCUUAUCCAAAAAAAUACAUUGUAUUAGAUAACAAAAAUUAUCAUCCAAGGGGUAAAAUAAAUAAACGCCAGGAUUACGGCGGAGAAGACGAGUAUGAAAGUUAUGGGGAACAUCAAGUACCUGCUGAAUCAAAGCACCACGAGCACCAUCACGAAGAGUCCCAUGAGGAGGGACACGGAGGAGAACAUCAUGAACAUCAUCAUGAGGAUGGAGGCAAAAAAGGCGACAAAGGGUUUAAAAAGUGGUUUGAAGAAGAAAAGGGAAAAAAGGGACAUCAUGAUGAAGAAGAUCACAAGAAACAUUAUGGAGAAAAAAGCGGGGAGAAAAAGAAACAACACCAUGAUGAUGGUUACUACAAAGAGUAUCACCACGAUGAAAAAGGUGAAAAAGGUUCCUCGUAUCAGGACAAAGGAGAAUACAAAAAGGGACACAGUACACAUGGAAAACACGUUAUCCAUAAAAAGGAUGACUAUGAGAAGAAUAUAGACUUCUUUGAUGAGGAUCACUCGGAAGAAGAGCAUGAAAAGGAAGGUGGUUAUCACCACAAGGCCGAGAAAGGACACGGUGGUAAAAAGAAGAAAGGACAUCAUGAGCACGGGCAUCACCAAGAGAAGUACGGCAAAGAGAAGAAACACAAGCAUGGUCAUCAUCAUCAUGAUUCCGAAAAGUGGGAGAAGGAAAAGGGUGAAAAAGGUCAUCACAAGCACGGGAAGAAAUACGGUAAAAAAGGCGAGCACGAAGAAGGAAAAAAGUGGGGACACAAAAAAGGAGAAUAAUUUUU